AUGAAGAUCACACUCCGCUUGCUAGCCGCCCUCACUGCUGUACAUGCAGCGCCUGCGGGCGAGAAGCGUGCAAUCUUGCCGGCUUCUCCGACGGUGACUGUGCCUGGUCUGACCACCUUUAAAGGUGCUCAGGUCACUAACAACGGCGUCAGCAUCGACAACUUUUUUGGCAUCCCUUUCGCCGCUCCACCCACCGGAACGAAUCGACUGAAACCUCCGCAGCCUUUGUCGGCUUCACUUGCCAAUCCUUAUGACGCGACCCAACAGAACAACGAUUGUCUCGCUCAGCAGGCGACUGGCGGCACGCCCGUCUCGCCUUUGCUAUCGUCCGUCCUCGGACCGUUUCUCACAACCGGAGAAAGCGAAGACUGCCUAUAUCUCAAUGUACAACGUCCAUCCUCUGCGUCUGGCAGCAGCAAGUUGCCCGUCAUGCUGUGGAUCUAUGGCGGCGGAUUUGAGUUCGGUGGCAAAAGCACGUAUGACGGCAAGAACAUCGUUGCCCAGAGCGUUUCCCAGAAUCAGCCUGUCGUCUAUGUCGCGCUCAAUUAUCGACUGGCAGGCUGGGGCUUCCUGCCGGGACAAGAGGUGUAUGACGCUAAAGUAGGCAAUCUCGGUCUGCAAGAUCAGCGAGCGGCGAUGCAGUGGGUCAACAAGAACAUCGCCGCCUUUGGAGGUGAUCCUACCAAAGUCACCCUGUUUGGGGAAUCGGCAGGCGCAAUCAGCAUCGGCUUCCAGCUCCUCUAUCAAGGUCUCGGUAGCACUCAAGGGCUCUAUCGUGCCGUCAUCGAACAGAGCGGCUCGCCCAUUCCCGUCGGACCGCUAUCGUAUGGACAAACUUACUUUGACACGAUUGCCAACUACACGGGCUGUGGUACGUCUUCUGACAAGCUUGGCUGUCUGCGCUCGGUGAGUAGCAACACAUAUGCGGCCGCUGUGAAUCAGUGUCCAUAUAUCCUGACUGCCUAUCGCGCGCUGGCUCUCGCCUUUGUUCCCCGUGUGGACGGCAACAUCAUCCCGGACCUGCCACAGAAGCUCGCCAGUCAGGGCAAGUUUGCUAAAGUACCUGCGAUCAACGGUGACAACAAGGACGAAGGUACGCUCUUCGUCUUGAGCGCGACCAAUGUCUCGUCGGAAGCGGCCUUCAAGACGUACAUCAAAGGCUUUUUCCCUAUGAUCACAACAAGCUUGCUCAACGCGCUUGCUACUGCUUAUCCUAACAAUCCGACGCAAGGCUCGCCGUUCGGUACAGGGGAAGAGAAUCAGACGCUUCUAUAUGAAAACAAACGGCUCGCGGCGAUUUUGGGCGAUCUUGUCUUUCAGGCUCCACGGCGGUUCAUUUCUGAGCUGUACCGCAAGGCGAACCUGCCAAUCUACUCGUAUCUCUUCGAACCUCUCAAUCUGCCCUUGCUCGGGACACCGCAUGCAACGGACAUUCUGUAUGUCUUCGGAGACGUCCCGGGUCCCACAACACAGCAGAUCAUGGCAUCCUGGAUCUCUUUUGCCACGACGCUCGAUCCCAAUUCGCAGACUAGCGUCAAGCUGCCUGUCAAGUGGCUGCCUCGCAAUCUCAACGGUGCCUCGAAUCAGAUCGUGUUUGGCCCAGACGGUGUUACUACACUUGGCCAAGAUACGUAUCCUGACCGCUCUGCGACAAUGGCACAUCUGCUGGCUCAUGCAGGGGCUGUCAAGAGCGCUCGGAUACAGCAGCCUAGCACGAGCAGUGGCCCGGCAGAAGUCAGCAUUGGGGCGUCCUCUGGCGUCGCUGUCACGCCUGGCACGGCGACGGUGUCGUCAGCCCAUAAGCGAGUCGUACAACAGUCAACCAAUAACAUCCUCGUCAGUACCAAGCAGAAGGGCAAUCGCUGUAUCAAUCACAUCACUGUGCCAUGGGAGCACAGCGACAUCAUGGCGGACUUCCAAGUCGGCACAACGACCGGUGUCCUCUUCCUCUCAAUAAAAUACCAUAAAUUGGAGCCGGCAUACAUCUAUGGCCGUAUCGAGGCUCUCGGGCAGGCAUACAAUCUGCGGAUACUGCUCGUGCAGGUCGACGCUGACACAUCUGACGAUGUCAUGCGGGAGCUCACGCGGAUCAGUAUCACCAACGCUUACACCAUUAUGAUCUGCUCUUCUUCGCAAGAGGCAGGACGAAUCUUGUCAAAGUACAAGAAACAAGAGCGAAGGCCGCCAGACGCGCUCAAGGCAAGACCGGAGACAGACUAUCUCGCUCAGAUGCAGACGGUUCUCACCAAGCCCAGAGCCGUCAACAAGACCGAUACCGAGAACCUCAUCCGCAACUUUGGCAGCCUCAAGGACAUCAUGAUGGCUAGCUCGAGCGAGCUUGUACAGUGUCCCGGCUUGGGCGAGUUGAAGGUUCGUCGACUGAGAGAUGCGUUCAGUCAGCCGUUCCUCGUCAAGCCAGCGAAGAGUCUUGCAGAGCGACGAGGCGAGGAAGGGUCGAGUCUCAAUUGA